AGCAUGUAGCAGCAACAGUCAGUCAGAGCAGAAACAGACGUGCAGAGUUAAUUCCUCUUAAUCUGGAGUUAAACUCUCAGAUCAAAGUGUUUCUAAUCUGCAGCAGCUGUCGCCUUCACUGUCGUCUACAGAUUAAAUCACUGCAGGAGGGAACGUGUUCUCCACCAUUAAACCAUUAAACAUCAAAUUUAUUAACCCCCCCAAAACCCUCCCCAUCAGGCUGGAUACAGACGAUCCUCUAAUUCUCUGAUGGGUGGCUGUGUGGAGCCUGACAGACAAAACUCAGGGCUGAAAAACAACCUGAAAAUGAAACUGUUUAGUCAUGUCAGAAAUAAACAAUAAUAACAUGUCGACCUCUGGUGUGUGUGUGUGUGUGUGUGUGUGUGUGUGUGUGUGUGUUCAGAGAUGCUGCAACUUCCUGUUAUGGUCUGUUGUCGUGUUGGUCGUCAUAGCAGCCGUUAUCACAGCAACAGUCAUCAUUCUGUACCUGAACCAGUAUCCCCUGCCCUUCAUCAGCAGGGGUGGAGUCCUCUCCUCCUCAUCCUCAUCGUCCUCCUCGCCUGUGAUCUCGACCAAUCCCAAAGAGUCUGGCGCUCUGGUGACAGUGUCCCAUGUCACAGCUGGAGAGCCAAUCAGCAUCUUCCUGGACCCAAACUGUCCAGACUACAGUGAGAACUUCCUGCGAUGGGAGGCGCUGCAGAGCUCUCUGCUGCGAGCGCUGACCAAUCACAAUGCAGACGACUGGCAGGAGAGGGGGCUGGUCCAGAAGCUGGCCGAGGAGUUGAAGGUGCUGUCGGGCCAUGCCCACAACCUGAGGCUGGAAGCGGAUUCGCUGAAAAGAGGACAAGGUGUUCUGGACCAGCGGCUGGACGGGCUGCAGAGCGAGCAGAGCCACAUCAUACAGGUGCUGUCUGACAGUCACUCAGGUGUGGUGAAGCUGGCUGCAAGUUUCAGUGAUUCUGUGCUCAGCCUGCAGAGGGAGACGGAGAGUCUGAGGAGACUGAAGGGAGAGCUGCAGAGAGACAGCAACAACAGAGCUCUCAGACCUAGGGACUGCAGUGAUGUCAUGGCGUCCGGCGUCUCUCAGGACGGAGUUUAUUCUGUGUUUCCACUUCACGACCCUGAUGGCUUCAUGGUUUACUGUGACAUGACGACUGAUGGAGGAGGCUGGACGGUGAUCCAGAGGAGGGAGGAUGGUUCAGUGAAUUUCUUCAGAGGCUGGGAGGCGUACAGGGAUGGCUUUGGAAAAACCACAGGAGAACACUGGCUAGGUCUACAGAGGAUCUACUCUCUGACCAGGUCUGGAGGUGUCGAAUUGCGGAUUGACAUGGCGGACUUUGAUAACGCCACGGUGUUCGCUCGUUAUGCUGAGUUUUCUGUGGGUCGGGACUCGGUGAACCCUGAGGAGGAUGGGUACCCGCUGACCGUGGACCAGUACUCUGGGACUGCAGGUGACUCCCUCCUGAAGCACUCUGGGAUGCGGUUCACCACCAAAGACCGGGACCAGGACCAGUCGGAGAACAACUGCGCGGCAUACUACCAGGGGGCAUGGUGGUACCGAAACUGCCACACCUCCAACCUGAACGGGCAGUACCUGAGAGGAGGCCACGCCUCUUAUGCAGAUGGCGUGGAGUGGUCGAGCUGGACUGGCUGGCAGUACUCGCUCCGGUUCACCGAGAUGAAGAUACGACCCAACACCAGACCAGGAUUCUGAACUCUGACCCUAAACCGGACUCCUCUGACCCCUGAACCCUCAUCUCUGACCUGACCUGGACCCUGACACAAAAACUGAUCUUUGACUUUUGACCUAAUCUCUACAUAUGGACCUCAUUCUGACCCCUGACCUCUGACCUUUGCCAUAAGGUUUAAGCCUGAUAGUUCCAGUGAUGGUCUUGAUCAGCAGGUCUGGACUGAACCAGAACCAAAUAUUUGUAACAUCAGAGGUCCCUGAAGAGUCGCCUGCUGUUUGUUGUUCGUUUGUUGUUUAGAGGAUCCUGACAGGUUGCUGGUUCCUCCUGGAUUCUGUUGGUUCAAGACAAAUUAAAACCAGAAACUGAUUUUUGAAGAUUUUAUUUAUGAUUUCAUUUGUCAGGAGCCCAGAGAAUCCAGGACUCUUCACUGAGGUCUGGACUCUGUAGUCCAGACUGAGGACUACAGAGUCCAGCAGGGUUAGAACCACUUCCUACUGAUGCUGACUCACAGAAUCGUCACAGAUAAAUUUAAACUCCUGAUUUAAACCUGAUCCUCUGGAUCCAGGCUCUUCAAUAAAGUAAGCCCCCCCCCCACAUCAACAAAUGAAUGAUGGUUAUUGAUCGAUGGUAAGAACUAUAGGAGUUGAUUCUGUCAUUGUGUAGAUUCAGAUUAGGUCAUUGAUCUUUAGUGACCUCUGACCUAAACCCUGAUCUCUGACCUCUGACCUAAAGCUCUCUGAGCAGUUUUCUGCAGCAGCUUCUUGUUGUCAUAAAUAUUCAGAUCAGUGAUGUCUGUUGUUUUUGAUCAAUAACUUUUCUUAUUGAUGAUGUAGAGCUGAAGGUUUCAACAUUAA